UUUGGAAAUUAAGAUGGAUUUUGAGAACCAAAGUGAGAGAGCAGUGAUGAGUAAGAUUCUGUCAAGAAGAUCAUCGGUGGGGUGCUCGUCUCGUCUCUCAUACUACCGUAGUGGCGGCGGAGAAGGAGGGGUUCCGUUCAAAUGGGAAAAACAACCCGGGGUUGCGAAAGAGAAGUCACCGGAGGAAGUGAUUCCUCCGCUGACUCCUCCGCCGGCACUUGUCAGCCUUGGCCUCCCAAAGCCAUGCAUCCACUAUGAACCCAAUAAACACACCAAGCUCAUGAGGCUUCGAUUUUGGAAGAAGGGGGGAAGAAGAAUAAUGAUGAGGAGCAAGAAAGCACAGCAAGAAUGUUGUAAUAACAGUGAAGGAGGUUGUUGUUGUUAUGACGAGGAUGUUGGUUUCUUGAAUAAUAAUGUAGAUUACAGCUCGGAUUCAGAAUCAACAAUGAUGACAUCAUCAUCACCACGUGGCUCAGUGUUGUCUUACUCUUCUUUUUCUUCUUGUUCUUGUUCUUCGUCUUCAUCUUCGAGGGAAAGGGUGAUUUAUGGAAGACCCUUCAACUUGGGUUGCUUCCCUAAUGUGCGUGUUAUGGUUUCAAUUGCAAGGCGAGAGUAGCGUUGUUUGUAAUGUUAUAUCGUAAUAAGUUCUGAUUUACUUUUAUGUUUACAUUUUGAAUAUAAUAACACACACACUACUUUGAUAUGAAAUGAAAU